UUCUGUCUGUAAUGUCGGGCUUGUGAAAGUGAAUUCCCUGGCUUUUUUGUUUGUUUGUUUGUUUGUUUGUUUGUUGUUUACCAAAUAAAACCCUCCCAUUUGCGCCGCUCCUUUUCCAAGACCGGAAGCGGAAGUUAGUUCACUGUCAGGUCAGGUGACGCAGCUGUGCGCAUUCCAAAGCUCGCUCGCGGAUAAGCUUGCAGAAAAGUAAAUAGGAGACUCAUGGAGGCCGCGGAUCCUCGGUCCUCGAGUGACGGCGCGCCGGCUAGCAGAGGAGGAUUCCCGGGUGGAGAGAGCAGCAGUGACCGGGACGGCGGGCGGGCCGGAGGCAGCGGCGGAGAGGGCGAGCGGGAGCGGGCUAGCUUCGAGUGUAAUAUCUGCCUGGACACCGCCAGGGACGCCGUGAUCAGUCUGUGCGGACACCUGUUCUGCUGGCCAUGUCUCCAUCAGUGGUUGGAGACGAGGCCAAGUAGGCAGCAGUGCCCCGUGUGCAAAGCAGGAAUCAGCAGAGAUAAAGUCAUUCCUCUGUACGGCCGCGGCAGCACCAGCCAGGAGGACCCCAGAUUAAAAACUCCACCUCGACCUCAAGGACAGCGAACCGAGCCGGAGAGCAGAGGGUUUCAGGGUUUCGGCGAUACCGGGUUCCACAUGUCUUUCGGUAUCGGCGCUUUUCCUUUCGGCUUCUUCACCACAAUAUUCAACACCAACGACCCGUUCCACAGACCAGAUCCUCACUACGCUGCAGAUCACCAAGGCAACGGGAACGGUAACAACGGCAACAACUGGCAGGACUCGCUCUUCCUCUUCCUCGCCAUCUUCUUCUUCUUCUGGAUGCUGAGUGUGUGAACGUGUGUGUGAGAGAAUGAGAGAGAUACUGGGAGAAAGAGAGAGAAGAUGUCAGGACUGACACACACACACACACACACACACACACACACACACACACACAGCCGCAGAUUGUUGAUUGUUGAGAACAGUAUUAAAACACAGCAGGAGUUUAAUGGUGUUCCAUAAAAAUUAAUGAAGCAAGUGUGUGUAAAAAUGUUACACACACACACACACACACACAUGUGUACAUCUUCCCCCCUGUCUCAUGACUUCUGCUUCAUGCCAAAGAGAAUUCCUUGUCACACACUUUAGUACAUUUAGUGUAUGUAUAAAAAAAAGGUGUUAUUUAGCCCUUCUGGUUCAAAUCCGAAACCAUUGAAGGAUUACCGCCGUGCAGUGCAUUAUGGGUAUCUUGUACAUUAUAGGGAAACCAUGUUUAUAGCCAGUAUCUGACGACGAGGGAUUAACACGGCCCCUUCAGCGUUGGGUGAAUUAUUCUUGUCGGCAUCAUGGGUAAGCCACGCCUCCCACCGCUACCUGGUAACCAGGAGAAUCUUCAGCUUGAUCAAUCUGUGAGGUGCUACAUAACUAAAAGAAUCAAAACUAGCAUCUCCACUAUAAAUCGGUAGUUGCUCAGACAAGAUAAUCAGGGAUGACAUAAGGACUAUACAUUUUUCCAACUGGAAAGCCUUCCUGCAUUGCUGUUUCCUUCCUUAUGUGUUUAUAGCGUAACUUCACACUGUUGAGGCAGAAGCUCGUUAGUAAGUAAACGAGUAUCUAGCGAGCGACUAGAUGUUCUGCUAGAACACUGCGAGACAGGCACAUGUCGAGUUAUUAUUCUGCCUGAGCGUAACGAAGAGUAAACGCCAAAUCCUUCUCUGUAGCUUUCUUGGGAACUAUUAUGACUAGCAGUGUGGCUGGUUUUGUGUUUCCAUGGUUUCCUCUCGUUUUCAUUGGCUGUCUUGCGUGAACAGUCUCAAGGCGAGGGUGGGGUUCAUAGUGUUCGGCAGCGCUGUGUGAGAAAUAGUCAGGGAUUUAUUGUGAUAUGAUAAAGGUAACAGCAGUACAUGCCGGUUACACGUCAGUAGUAGGCGUGUGUGUCUUUAAUUAUCUGCCGGUUGCUAUGGUUUCACGAAGCUAGUAGGAUAUGGCUGUAGAAAUGCUGUAGCUACACAAUGUAUGCAAAAAGGGAGUGGCUUGUGUAUAAUUGACGUCUGUGUCAAAUGAACCAAUUGUGACUUUCUGUUUAGUAGGUUAAAUGUUUUAAGCACUUUGAAGCGUGGCGAGUCUUGCUGAUUGGUUCAGGAACCGCGGCGUGUCUUGCUGAUUGGUUCAGGAACCGCGGCGUGUCUUGCUGAUUGGUUCAGGAACCGCGGCGAUUCUUGCUGAUUGAUUCAGGAACCGCAACUAUCAACGAGGAAAAAAGUGCGACUCUUUUAGUCGUUUGCAUAAAGUUAAACAUUUUCUGGUCGCUGGCCCCCUAAAAUCGCUAGCGAUUACCUUCUAAAAAUAGUUUUCUGCUGUGGGCGUGAAUCAUGGACGUCUCAAACUCCCUGAUGUGCAAUGAUGCUAAGCGGUAAUCAGGUCAACCACAAGAAAGUGUUAAGUCAGCUGCCAAUCAUUUCUAAUAGCGUUAGUAAGAGUAGCAUUAAAGACCUAGAGGUAAGGAGAUCUCAGUUCCAGUGUCUCUGCGUUGGCACGUACAUAGGAAACGAACGCUCGCCUGCCGCCUUGUGGCUUGUUCGUGUGAACGAAGGGUAACUUUGCACUGUUAUAGCCUGGUUCUUUAAUAGGUUCAUUAGCAGUUAACGUAUAAGAUUAGCACUGUACAUAAACAAACACGCUCUGAUAAACCCUAACUGAAUGCUGAUCACGUCUGAUCUAAUUUGCACACAGAAAUUAAAUAAUUACUACCAAGAACUCUCGGGUGUUAGCAUUUGGGAUGGAGCCUUAAAAUGGCCGACGUUAGUAGGUACGCUAACAAGGUUGUGAAGCUGUGUUUUGGGGCGGAGCUUAAAUUGUAUGACAUUAAAGUGUUCCGUCAGAAUUCUACUGUACAGUAUGAGUGUUUCAGUUUCACACUGUGACACGUGUUCUCCCAGUUGUUAACGUGUGUGUGUGUGUGUGUGUAAAUGUUUUGUCAUGAGAUUGAUUGACUAUUUCUGUACUCUUUUCUGUAAGAUUGUAGAUAUGACAUCAUGAUGAUGAGUUAUGGAGGAGGCGUAAGAAAUCCGAUACGGAGACCCAAAUUCUUUUUCUAAAGCACCCCCUUUUUGACUUCGCCUGAGAGUGAGCGCUCGCAGCACAACAGAGGGAGCGUGGAACAUCAGGACAAUGAGAACCAUGUUCCAGAGUUUUCCCACAAGAAUUCCCACCACAUUUCAGAUGUAUUCCAUUAGCUAGCUCAGAACACUUACCUGCUCGAUGUCUGGUGUUGUGACUAGCAUUCUGAGGAGGUUGGGGGGGGAUCAGUGCCGCUUUCAACCAUUUGCCAUUUUGUAGAAGAUAAUAUGAUAAUGUCAACUCAACUGAUUAACAGAAAAGGCAUUUAAAAUGGGCAUGCAGACUCGGUCAAGGGAAAGUGGACAAGGGUGUGUUAAAAUAACUCCUGGAAUGUGUGGUGGUGAUGAUGACGAAGCUGUAGCUGUGUGUGUGUGACUGCGCGCUUUAUCUUGCUGUUGUAUUACUCGUCUUUUUGAUCUGAAUAAAAGGAGAAAUAUAUUUGUGUUAGGGGUUGUGGGUGGAGUUUUAAUUGGGGGCGGGGAUCUUUAUCGGAAGUCAGUGAAUAAAUGUUUCCUACUGUGGAUAAA